AUGACGUCUCUGGCUUUUACCCUGGACCCAGAUGCCAUUGUUCGGUUCCAUGAGAUCUUCAUAUGCCUUGCUAAAUUCAGCGAUACCGUUGCCCUCGAGGCCGAGCCGGAUCUUCUCCGACUGAGUGCCCUUAAUUCCACAAAGACGGCAUUUGCCUCUUUUGUGUGUGACAGGGAAGAAUUUUUCCAGAAGUACGAGUUCAGUGUGAGCAGAAGCAAUGGGUAUUCGUUCCAUGGUCAGGGCGGUGAUCGGUUUUAUUGUCAAAUACUGCUCAAGGCACUGCUUUCCGUUUUCCGGGGGAAAAUCGAUCGUGGCAAAGAGACAGCGAUAGAAGCUUGUCAUGUAGAACUUCAUGAAGACUACCACCAGACGCAAUGCCGACUGAAUAUCAGGAUGGACUGCGCCAUGGGUGUGAUCAAAUCAUACAAGCUGACUUAUGAGCCGGCUGCGAUUCAGCAUGCCAUAUUUGAUCCGAGCAGCACAACGAGCAAGUGGUCUGCGGAUCCUCGAUAUUUGAAGCAGAUCGUCGAUCAUUUCAGCGCAUCUGCAGAACAGCUAGAUAUGUACGGCGAUGAUGAACAAGCUGUUUUCACGAGCUUUACGAAAAAAAUUACGGAUGGAGAUGAACUUCUUAAAAAUCCGAUACACACCUCAGUUGCCGCCACAAAGGCGGAUUUUGAAGAAUUUUCCGUGGAAGACAACAUGCACAUCACUAUCAAUCUGAAAGACUUUAAAGCAGUAGUGUUUCAUGCUGAAACGGGAAUGGCCACAAUGUCAGCACAGUAUACCCGACCCUGCAAGCCAAUGCAACUUACCUACGACAUACCAGGUAUAAAAGCGGAGUUCACUCUCAUGACUCGCGGCGAAGCAGACCCCGACGACACACCGUCUUCAUCACGGGCGACAAUGCCGCAGCUCUCGCGGCGGACGGCCGCUCCUGUAUCUACAACUGCCCAGGUCUCGACAAGAGAUGCUUCAUUCCGUGCUAUGACGGAGAAUACACCGAUGCCACCCCCUCCCCCGCGGAAUAGGCCUCUACGUCCGCUGCAUGGGUCGUCGACGCAGGACCGUCUUUCUCGUAAUUCCCCUAUGGACAGACCCUCGGCAUCGGCAGCAUCAGAAUCGGUGGAGUUUGAUAGCCUCUUUGUGUCACAAGAUGAUGAUCGAUGGGAUGAAAUGAUUACCAAUGAAGAGCCGCAGGAUAUUCUUGGGUGGGAUGCAACGGGUCAGACGCCACUCGAAGGAACCCUCCGUGACGCGGAACCAGAUUUCCCGAAGCCAAAACGACGAAAAGAUCAGACAGCAGAGGAUGACCUGGGCAUCCCCCCAACGCAACGCAUAUCACAGGUUCGCGGCAUGGGUCUCUUUGACUAG